AUGGAGGAAGAUUUUGCUUAUGAUGCCCAGACAAGAAUCAUCACCCAAAGGAGACGCUGGUACACCCGUCUGUGGCAUUCAUGUUUGGGCUGUAGAUGUAUACAUCGUCAGAGAAGGCAGAAAUUUCCCCUCUUCCUGAUCGGGUAUGACCCUACGGGUCCUUUGCAGCGAGCAGCCAGUGUGGGUGACCUGGACAAAACUGAACAUUUAAUCCACUCCAGUCGACAUCACGUGGAUGAAUCUGAUAGGAGGAGCAGGACAUCACUGCAUUAUGCAUGCGCCCACAACCAUCCAGACGUGGUAUUACUAUUAUUAGAAAAUAACUCCAGCGUUAACAUCCGGGAUGAUGAAGGCUGCACACCCUUGAUUAAGGCUGCCCAGCGAGACAACAUACAUUGUGUUUCUGUAUUGCUCGACCACAGUGCUGAUCCAAAUGUGAUGGAUUUUAGUGGGAAUACAGCCUUCCACCAUGCUGUAUGCAGGGGUAACCUACCCUUAGUAAAAUUGCUUCUUAAGCACAACGUAGAUAUUGAAGCCAAAACAGAGUAUGGCUUGACCCCCUUACAGCUCGCUGCAUUUGAACAGAAACCUGAAAUGGUAGAAUUUUUAGAAGCAAUGUGUGCUAAAGCACAUGCACCGACACCAGCCCAGAAAACCGGAGUGAAGCAUGUCAACUUCAAUGAAAAAGUCUUUUAUUUUAAAGAUGAAAGACCUUUGUCCUGUGGAGUAAGACCGCGAGGACAGCUGAAAUCCAUCUUGAAAAACUCUUCCCAGUAUAAUAUAGCUAAUGAUGAAGUGACAAGAAAAUCACUGUGGUUUAUAAAAGGAGACAAGAUCAGGUAUACUUCCUUGAACAAGGAAGCAUCUAGCAAACCUUUAUAUAGACUACAGAAGCGGAUGCGGAAAGUUUUCACAAAAUCUGAAGUUUAUGUAUGUUCUCGGGGAGAGCCAAUUCCUGACACUUAUAAAGAAAAAGCAUCCAUAAUGGUUGAAGGAUGUAAACUGGAAAGUUUCCAUCACAUACAUCAGGAGGAUAGAAUUUCUGUGCCCGAGGCUCCUGUUGAUGUUGAACCAACGCCUUCCACCAGUGCUGCUGAUAUUGGGGCAACUAUGGAUAUUGAGCCAAUUCCUUCCACCAGUGCUGCUGUCAUUGGGGCAACAGUUGGCAUUGAGUCAACUCCUCCCCCCAGUGCUACCGACAGCGAGUUUUCUGGCAGGAGGAGAUUUUCUAUCACUCCCAGAGAAAACCUUGAGUUUACUGAAUGGUUAGACAGAGAAAUCAUGCGGUUGAACAUAGAAAUUGAGGCAACUUCUUCCCAAAGUGAUGCUGACAGGGGUGCUCCUGCUGAUACUGAGCCAAUUCCUUCUACUAGUGCUGCCAGCAGCAGAGCUCCUGCUGACAUUGAAAUAACUCCUUCCCAAUGUGCUGCUGAUAGUGGGGCUAUUGCUGAAGUUGAAGCAACUUUUGCCCCAGGUCCUGCUGACAUUUCUGAGUCAGAUGAGACAUAUGACUCAGAAACAGCUAGUGACAUUGAGUUGGAUUUCCUAAGUGAUUUGGCCGUUUACAUGGAGCAUGCAAGGGACACGCCGUGGGCUGACCCAGAGCCUACUCCUGGUCCCCACACUUGUUAUUCCAUAGACUCCACUGAAAGAGCUGACCUGAACAAUUUGACCUUGCUCAACGCAGAAGACAUGUAUGAUAGCUUUUCUUUAGAUGAGGAACCUACUCAAGUUCCUGACCUAGAUGAACAUCUGGCCCCUACUCGGGAUGCUGAGGUUUUUAAUGAUGACCAUACUGGCCAUAGCAGGACCACUGACAGGGAGCCUGGGUUUCUCCUGGAGCCAGAGAUGCUACUGUUGCUUUUCAUGCCCUUCCUGUGGCUUCUGACACACCUCUUAUCAAUGAUGGCAGGGAUCAGAAAUCGCAUUCGACAAGUGUGGCAUGAAGAAAAUGGCGUAGGACCUCCCACUAACAAAAAAGAAGGGUCAGAGAUGGACAGCACAGCCAUGAGCUUCAACUUCUUGCUCCUCAUUAAGCACCUGACGUUGCAGGUAAAGUUGAGGGAGACAGGGACGGUAGAGGCCACAGAACACUACACCGUGCUGGACAUUGGCUAUCCCUACCCCAGUUCUCCCAGAUAUCAGGGAUUUAAGAUAGUCUCUGAAGGAAGCUGA